UGAACUGCCAGUCAUCGUGGUUGUCAGGUCAUAGAUUACUACAGGUUUUGCGAAUUUAUUCGGUAAAGAAUUCCAGAAAAUAGUCAGAUUUUCAAUUAAGGAAAAUAUUUUUAAAAUAAAAUCUUCAAUAUGAGUGUACGUGUAAUCAAUGACGAUGCUCACUUUCAGACAGAGCUUAGUUCAGCUGGAAUCCGCCUUGUGGUAGUAGAUUUUACUGCAAGUUGGUGUGGUCCAUGCCAGCGCAUUGCUCCACAUUUUGAAAUGCUUCCUACCAAAUAUCCAAAAGCGAUUUUCCUGAAAGUGGACGUCGAUAAAUGCCAAGACACGGCUGCCAUCCAAGGUGUUUCAGCUAUGCCUACAUUCAUUUUUUAUCGUAAUCGGACAAAAAUUGAUCGCGUGCAAGGUGCGGAUAUAAUGGUUCUGGAAAAUAAAAUACAAGAGCACAUCGGCUCUAGCGGGGGAGACGAGACAGGAGAAGAUUAUGGACAAGGACUCAUGGAGCUGAAUACAUUCAUAUCGAAACAGGAAUGCGAGUGUUUGAACGAAGCCGAUGACCAUUGCCUAAGCCAUUGUCUUACAUCGAAUGGGGGUUAUCUCCAGUCUGAUUGUGACGAGCAAUUAAUUUUGUCAGUUACAUUUAAUCAGCUAGUCAAAAUACACUCUUUGAAAUUCAAGGCACCACCACAUUUAGGACCUAAAGAAAUUAAGUUGUUUAUCAAUCAACCCCGUACAAUUGAUUUUGACAUGGCAGAAUCUAUGACUAGUGUACAAAACCUAACAUUGGAGCCUAAGGAACUCGAAAAUGGUCAACAAAUUAAUCUGCGUUACGUAAAAUUUCAAAAUGUGCAAAAUAUUCAAAUAUAUGUGCGGAAUAAUCAAUCUGGUGGAGAUGUUACACAAAUUGAUUAUAUUGCUUUCAUAGGAUCACCUAUUACGACAACAAAAAUGACAGACUUCAAACGAGUUGCCGGCAAAAAAGGCGAAAGCCAUUAAUAGUUCUCAAUCUAAACAUCUGUAAAUUAUAUUGCAAAAUUAUUGCCAGAAGCUUUUCUACUGUUUUCAACAAGAUAAACUGAUUCAAGGCCGAACUACACUAUACAGUAAUAUUGGUGUCUUGUUAAGAUGCAAUAAAACAUAGUAUUAAAUAGUUCGAA